UCGAUAAACGAAUUCUUGUGAGUAACAUGUGUUUCUCUCUUCAAACGUAAACAACGAGGUUUUUGUUUUAAGAAAUUUAACAAACCUUAAGAAUGACGAGAAUCAAAAAGAAAUUGGAGAUUGUGUUUGACCCACAGAAGCGGAAGGAGUUCCUUACGGGCUUUCGGAAGAGAAAAAAUGAACGCCGUUCACGGGCAAAGGCUGACUUGGAGCGUAAUCUAAAAGAGGAGCGCGUACGCAUCCGCCAGGAGGUAAAGGAUGGUUUCAAGCACAUGAAAAAGUCAUUUGAACCGCUGCGUGAGCUUACCGAAGCAGAUAAGCUAGAAGCUGGUACUGAGGACGCGUACGAGGAUGAUGAAGUGCAGGUGAAAAUUGUGGAGUUGUCCACCAAUGAAAUGGCGGCACAGCGCAACAUGCUGGGCACCAACACUGCUGAUGACAGCGACGAAGAGGAGGUGGCGCCAGAAGAGAGUGAGAACGAAGGACAGCAAACAAAUCUUAUUCCCGGCAUGGAUUUUGAUAUAAAUGCAAAGCGAAAGCGAAAAGCAGGCACAGACGAUGAGGAGGAAGAAGGGUCUAGAUGGAAUCAGACACAGAGAGAUAUUAAGAGCAAAAAGGAGCUGGAUAAACUAAUGAAAACCAAGACACUCAAGAAAAUGAAAAAGAGCAAGCUGUUCAAAAUGAAAGAGCGUAUGGACAAGAAAGCCAACCUGAAGAAGACCAUUAGGGAUCGCAACAAUACCAUCAAGAAUGUGCCCAAACACCAUCGUACUAAGCUGAAGCACGGCAAGGCACAAAUAGGUAAUCCGACGCGCUACAGAAAGGGCCGCAUGAUAGACAAAAAAUCUCUUCGACGCAAGCACGGUGCUGAUUAAGGGGUUCAAUCUUAUAGCUAAUGCAUAGUUUGGCUGAACGGAUUACGAAAUGAAUUAUAAUUACCUUUAGGUCAUCCUCCAAUGAGCUUUUGAAUAAAUCAGAAAUCCAAAUUAAA